AUGGAACAAUCAGAAGAGCCAACCAUUAUUAUAUAUAAUGAGGACGCAAAAACAGUAAAACCUAAUUUUAAACCCAAUAAAAAAUUAAACUUUGAAGUUGCAUCCAUGGAAGAUAAAGAUACUCCAUUAGAAGAUUCUGCAAAAGGAGAAACUACAGAAGACACAAUUUCAAAAGAAGAAAUUGCAAAAGAAAUUUUAAUAGAAGAAAUUUGGAAAGUUUUUGAAAAAGAAGAAUCUGCGGAACGUUGUAGUGAUAUCAAGAAGGAAGUAGUAAUCAAAGAUGAAGAAACUGAUGAUGACACCGAUGAUGAAGAUGACGAUGAUGUUAUAGAAAUUAAGAGACCUCAUAUAGUCAUUGAAGUUUCUUCUGAUGAAAGUGAUUCAAAUGCUGAUUUUAUUAGUUUAACACCUUACAGAGAUGCACAACCAUUGAAAAGGUGCAGAACAGGAAUAUCACAAUCAUUGCAACCGAGGGCCAAGACUGCUAGAAAGGAGGCAACCAAAACUAAAAUAAAGAAAGUAACGAAGAAAUCUUAUUUGGAAAAUCCAUUCAUUCGGGAUUUGCGAAAAUACUUUUACAUUAUCGACAUACCGGUACGUGAACAAAUAAAAGUUUGGCUGUACACUAUACAGACUAGGCCAGAAUACUCCCUGAAAGUAUUGGUCUGCCGUGUCUGUAAUUUGGACUUUGCUGCUGGAGAUCUAUUGCGGAAACAUUUUGCUAAACAUGUUGUUACUUCAGGAAAACAUCAGUGCCAAGUAUGUCUGCUCCGUUUCCAAACAGUAAAUGAAUUGAAGGCUCAUUCCAUGCGCUUACAUGUAUGGUCCUACCGCUGCAGAGGGUGCAGAAAGGAAUUUACUAAUCGGGACGUAGCAAAGUUCCACCAGAUCAUAGGCUGCGAUAUAGCUAACACUAACCCUCCGAAUGACCUGACCAUCCUCUCGAUAUCCCUACAAGGAGAAAAUAAGCCCUGGGCCGCAACUUGUGAUAAAAUAGAUUAA